ACUGGCUGCACUUCUGCAACAAGACAUCAGAGCCCACCCAAGAAACCAAAGCUCAGGAAUGGACCAGAGCAGCCGAGAAGCGCGGCCCGCCGUGGAGGUCACGCUCCGGCGGUUCGACCUCUCCGACGUCGACGCCAUGAUGGCGUGGGCGUCGGACCCGCAGGUCGCCGCCGUCUGCCGCUGGGACGCGUACGAGUCCACGGAGCCCCUGCUCGCCUUCAUCCGAGACGUCGUGCUCCCGCACCCGUGGUUCCGCGCCAUCUGCCUCUCCGGAGGCGACAGCGAGAGCCGCCCCAUCGGCGCGGUGUCCGUGACGCCAACGGGCGACCCGUGCCGGGCCGAGCUGGGCUACGUGCUUGCGCGCGCGCACUGGGGCAAGGGGGUGGCGACGGCCGCCGUGAAGCGGACGGUGGCCACGGUGUUCGGGGAGGUGGAGGGACUGGAGCGCUUGGAGGCGCUGGUGGACGUGGCCAACCCGGCGUCGCAGCGCGUGCUGGAGAAGGCCGGGUUCUCGCGGGAGGCCGUCCUGCGGAAGUACGGCUUCGUCAAGGGCACCGUGAAGGACAUGGUCAUGUUUAGCUUCAUCGACACCGACCCACUGGUCGAGUGAUUCACACGUUCGUGGAUGUAAAAAUGCAUUGCUUGCUCCUGUGCGUGAGCGUGUGAUCACUUGAUGCAAAUUUGUUGCUGAAUGCAUAUGCAUCAGCGUCUCUAUCGAAUCUUUAGUGUUUUUUUUAAAGGACAACAUCAGUAAUACCGAUUUUAUUAUAGAAAAAAAAGAUCUCAUUUAUGAGAAAAAUUAGGUCAAAAAAUCAUAGCAACUAGCCAGUUAAUCCA